AUGACCGGCCUAAUCAACGCGAUAAUUUACGCAAAAGACACCGGGCGUACUUUUUUCCUCGAUGAUUCGAAAUGGAAUUACGGUCGUUGGGAUAUCUUUUUCGUGAAGUUGCCGAAACCAGGGUGCGUUCGUCCGGAUAAAACUAAAAAAGUCUAUGAUGGUCGUGAUGAUGAUGACGGUCAAGUAGUGUUUGCACAGUUCCCAGAUUACCCAUUAUUAAUGAAAGAUCUCAACAAAAUGGAUCGUUCGUUCACAAAUGCACCACAUCAGAUAAUGACUCAUUGGUCGUGGCAUUUAUUGGAUGAGCAUUUGCUUAGUAGAUACACAAAUACUAGUCGUGAUGGAGAUGAUGAUAACAAACAAGAAUCGGUACUAUCGAAAAUUUGGCGACCAAAUCGUGAAGUACGACGAUUGACACACGAUCAGUCUUAUGAAAUUGGCAUUCCGCAUAACCAUGGUGGAAUGCGUCCUGAGAAUCCUUAUAUCGCAUUUCAAAUACAUCACGACGAAGUCACUGUUUUCAUAACGAGCCGAAAAGAAAUAUCAGAAGUACGGCGAGCCCUAUCGUUUAGAAAACCCAAUUGGCAAUUUAUCACCUCAUUCGAAGAUGAACCAAUGUAUCGAUUUGACGCGGCUCAGAAACCCCGACUAAUGUCUUACCGACUAGAUUCGCGAAUAAAUUUCGGGAUGGCUUUGAUUGCCGAUAUCACAUUGAUGUCUCAAGCGGAUCAUUUAGUGUGUACUUUCUCGGCGCCGUUAUGUCGGUUUUUGGUAGUAUUAAAAGGAUGGAAGGCGGCUACAAUGAAUACAUGGGAAGCUGGAGGUACUACACCAAUUGAUGAUGGUACUAAUAAUGGAUGGUUCCCGACUUUGUACUCCAUUUCUAAAGAUGGCAAAUCGACUAAUCCUCAUAACGCUUAUUGGAUU